AUGAGGGCGUACCAGAGCACGUGGCCCUGCGGGUUCGUCACGGUGCUUCCGGCAGACCCAGAAGCGCGAGCACUAUGCCCGAGUGAGCACUGGCUUCCAUGGAAACACGCCGAAGACGCCCGCUACCAGCAAUUGAUCGUCGAUCUCAUUUCGAAAGAUGAGAGCGUUGUUGUGCUCAUCCUCAUAGAGCGAACACCAGAGCAAACCGCCGAACCAAGCACAAACGCUCCGCUCGAACCGCUCCUGGGUAUCGCCUUGUCGUUGCCGUUACGCCAACCCACUCAAAGCGUGACCCCAAGUCUAACGAGCCUGAAAACAGAACACGAAUCUCGACGAGCAGUGAACGAGCACCUCUCGCGGCUGACGCCACUGGAAACUGGUGCGCUGGACCCAGCACCUGGCUCCUCACCGCAGAAUGUGCUGCAUGUGCAAGGCACUGCACAUGAAGGCCUCUUAGAGUGCCACGUUUGCUACAGCCAGACUAAGGCAUAUGCGCGCCUCCAGCGUGAUGUACUGGUAUGGCGAGUCACUGACUCCCCUGACAACGAAAGGUUUCCCGAAGUUCGGAUUCACUUGCGAGCGGCAGGACGAUGGUACGGCACUGGCCACCUGAUGCAACAGCACUGGCCCAGCUGCGCGGCUUGCCUUGAACUAGGGCCUUUCUAUCCUUUCGAUAAUGGAGUGUGCGGGCUAGGGACCCUCGCUAUUCCCGGCUGGUGUACCACCGGGGGAUUUGCAAUUCUGGUUGACGAGCGUAGGACACCCUAUCUUCAUGUAGGUAUGAAUGCACCACGUGAAACAGAUGCUGCAGCCUCACGUCGUGCCUGGACGGUAGGCCAUGAGAACGCGCUGCGACAGGUACUUCCACUGCGAGACAGACGUUUUCCGCCUCGAGCCUUGGCUGGAUCACACCAGAGCCCGUUACCUCUAGGUGACGACCUGCUCCGCAUCCAGUCACGCUACGGUUACGACUACGAACGUGUCUGGCAUCCAUUAUUGGGUACUCGACUCGGAUACGAAGACGAACUUGUGGUCUAUGUGCAUCUAGUGGUUACUCCUCGGCCAAACGUGCGCGCAGCGCGUGAGGCGCUCCUCGAACGCAUGGGUGCAGCGGCGACGGGGAGACGACUUUUGUCCCCACCUCGAAGCCUGCUCCAGCAUCCUAUUUGGACGACCUGGGCCCGCUUCAAGCAGAACGUAACACAGGAGGAUGUUCUGAGUUUUGCGCAAGAGAUUGCAGCGCGGAACCUGCCGCGCAGUGUGAUGGAAAUCGAUGAUCGUUGGUCCGAAGCCUAUGGUGAUUUUCGCUUCGAUAGGGUCAAGUUUCCGCAACCAGCACAGAUGGUGCAGGCGCUGCAUGCUCUGGGCUUCAAAGUAACGCUUUGGUGCACUGCUUUUAUUGAGGAAAAGAGUCAAGCGUAUCUAGAGGGGCGUUCGAAAGGGUAUCUGGUUGCCGAUGGGGCCCUCUUUCCCUGGUGGCAACCGCAGCCGGUCGCUGCGCUCGAUGUGGCCAAUCCAGAGGCCUGUCGCUGGUUCUUAGAGCGGGCACGAAUCCUACGUGCUGAGACCGGGGUUGACGGGUUCAAGUUUGAUUCAGGAGAGCCGUGUUGGUUACCCCGGCAGCUCGAGGCGUACACCCAGCUCGCAUAUCCCGGUCAGUAUACGGACUGGUGGCUGCAGCGUGUUGUUCUGCCACUCAUUCUUGGAACAGAGGCGCCGCAGGUCACUGGUACAGAUCACAGGAUAGGCAUGGAGGCGAGUGCAUCGCUUCCUGUGACCAGGAUGGAUGCUGGAAGCGUAGCAGCAUCCGAUGCAUUUCGCGCGACUCGAGAAACCCCUUACCUCAUUCGGAAAGCAGCAACUCGCGAAGCACAGCCCGAGACAGAGAGCCCGCGCUUCUCGGUAGAAGCCGAAGCGCGAACAAACUCAGGAGUUGCCGCCCAUGCCGUACUGUCUGCGACAACCUUGGACGACGCAGAGCAGGUGCCUGUUGCUCCCGCCGAGGCUCGCGCAGCGACAGCCACUGGACUCGCGGCGGGUGCCCAGCCAGCCCAGUGGAUCCCUUGUCUGUACCGCAUGUUCGAUCGUUUCUCCCAUGACGGGAUCGACAACGGGCUAGCGUCGGUGAUCCCCACCAUGCUUACCAGUGGUGUGUUGGGAUUUUGCUUCGUUCUCCCAGAUAUGGUCGGUGGUAACGAGUACGAUCAAGUGCAGGCUGGCGCUGAUCUCAUGAUGCGUUGGCUCUACGCGAAUGCGCUGAUGCCCUCCAUCCAGUUAUCACUGCCGCCCUGGAAAUAUGGAGCAAGCGUUGAGGCAGCGCUUGUUGAGGCUCUUGCUGUUCGGAAGCAUAUCCUCGAGGAUAGCGGCCUUUUGGAGGCGCUCGUGCGUUCGGCUUGUGAAGAGGGAGCCCCCCUUGCACGGCCAAUGUGGUGGCUCUGUCCUCAGCUCGCUAUCUCGUGGGAUAUCGAUGAUCAGUUUAUGCUGGGCGAUGACGUGUUGGUAGCGCCAAUGCUGACACCGCUGAGUGCGGUAUACACCAGUGCAGCGAUCGAUGCUCUGAAUGCAGACCAAGAUACCCACGUACCCGGGGUGACGCAUCCACUCGGGCCGACGCCGUCGACUACCGCUACGCACACACUUGAGCGCGUGCCGCAACAAGUGCCUCCGAGCAAGUCGCCGCGUUCCUCAUCCUGUACGCCAAAUAUGACAGAUUCACGUUCCCUGCAGCCUCGGCAACGUCAGGUCUGGUUGCCCCCUGGUAACUGGUGUGCCUAUCACCCCAGCAGCAGUAUCGGCGCAGUGCGGCUUGCUACGCCUGCUCCAGCACCGCUGACGGGUCCCUGCACGAUCACAACGACAAGCGUUCUCCCGGUUUACGUGCGAGUCGGAUCCGCCGUAGCGCGUUUCGUUUUCGCUGAUGCUGAAGAAGCGGCGGCUCACCUGGUCGAAAGUCAUGGUAUCAACGACGCCUGA